AUCAUAUAUUUGUUGGGAUCGGAAUCAAUCAAAAGCUAGGGUUUGAACCAUCCUACAAACACAAACGCGCACACACACAGUUACAUAUAAAGAAAAUGGCUUCAUCAUCAUCAGUAAAUUCAAAAGUAGUACGUUUGAAAUAAUUCAUAGACUUGAAAGAGAAGAAGAUUUUGUUUGCGGAAGCAGACAACGAAGCUGCUGAUUUCCUUUACCAUAUCAUUGCUAUGCCAAUGGGGGCUUUCAUGUUUCUAACCAAAGAACAGACGAGAUUUGGUUCCCUCGGAAACCUCUAUGAUAGCAUCGAAACCCUAAACCAAUCCUACAUUCAGCCAAACCAAACCAAAGUUAGAAUCCUUAAACUCAUUCCACAAACUUUUGAUGAACCCUUUUCAUCAAGUCCUCUCUUUUCAUCAUCAUCAUCCAGUACUCGGAAAGAUGGGAAAGAUUUUUACGGAUGCAGCCAUUGUUAUUUAUUCCACUGUUUCAGUAAUAAAUCUGGGACCAAGUGUUCUGAUUGCAAUAAACCUAUGAAUUUAAAGAUUGAAUUUGUUACACCUCCGGGAGUGGAAGGUGGAUUUGUGAAGGGAGCAGGCAAGUAUAUGGUUUUGGAUGAUCUCACCGUGAAGCCGGAAUCGGCCGUCGAUUUGCUGAAAGUGUUGAAUGGAAGGGACCCAGAUACCCUUGAGGAGAAAGUGCUUGAUAUAAGCAUGGAUAAGGCGCUGCAAUUGGUCAAAACAUCUAUGAAGUCCACCACUGUUCUUACGGACGUCUUCUUGAGUAAUAUCAUAGGAGGAUUGAAGCGGAAAAGAGAUGCAAGGACAAAAGUCGAGCCGAUUGAAUUGAAUUAACC